AUGUGGCUGCGUAGGUUUUACAUAUACAGCGUGUACAUUAUCAUAUUAGCAAAAUGUGUUACCACAGCCGAGGACUCGCCAUGGCGGUGGUCGUGCGAAGACAAACGGUGCGUGAAGGUACGCAACGACCCGCAGAACACGGACCCCGUGCUCAGCCUCGAAGCUUGCAAGAUGUUCUGCGAUGAAUACGGUUUGCUGUGGCCGAGGCCGACCGGCGAGACGGAUCUGGGAAAUUUCUUAUCAAAAAUAAAUAUAAACAGCAUAGAUAUACAAAUUCCUAAGCAGGGAAGGAGUGAAAGUCUUUUGAAAGCGGCGGGAAAGAGAUUCAAAGAUGUGGUGUCGCACGCGAUACCCAAAGGUCUUUCACCGAAGGCGACAGGAAAAUCUGUCGUCAUAUACUUAGUCAAUGACAAUCCUGAUAUACGAGAAUUCUCCCUGGAAAUGGACGAGAGCUACGCACUGAGGGUCUCACCGGCAUCAAAUGAGCGCGUCAACGCCACAAUCAGGGCCAACUCGUUCUUCGGCAUUCGUCACGGACUCGAGACUCUGUCCCAGCUGAUCGUUUAUGAUGACAUUCGAAACCAUUUGUUGAUCGUAAGAGAUGUGACCAUAAACGAUAAACCCGUGUACCCGUACCGAGGAAUUCUGUUGGACACUGCCAGGAACUACUACACCAUCGACGCCAUCAAGAAAACAAUUGAUGCCAUGGCUUCCGCUAAGCUGAACACAUUCCAUUGGCACAUCACGGACAGCCAGAGCUUCCCAUUCGUCAUGGACAAGAGGCCGAACCUCGUCAAGUACGGAGCAUACUCUCCAAGUAAAGUGUACACGAAGAAAGCGAUCCGCGAGGUGGUGGAGUACGCCCUGGAGCGCGGUGUGCGCGUGCUGCCCGAGUUCGAUGCGCCCGCGCACGUCGGCGAGGGCUGGCAGGAUACUGAUCUCACCGUCUGCUUCAAGGCUGAACCGUGGGCCAAGUACUGUGUGGAGCCACCGUGCGGCCAACUGAACCCCAUCAAGGACGAACUCUAUGACGUUCUGGAAGAUAUUUACGUUGAAAUGGCCGAGGCGUUCCACUCGACGGACAUGUUCCAUAUGGGAGGAGAUGAGGUGAGCGAGCGCUGCUGGAAUAGUUCAGAAGAAAUCCAGCAGUUCAUGAUUCAGAACCGCUGGGACCUGGACAAGUCUAGCUUCCUCAAGUUGUGGAACUAUUUCCAGACAAAGGCAGAGGAUAGGGCUUACAAGGCCUUUGGUAAGAAUAUCCCCUUGGUCAUGUGGACGAGCACUCUCACAGACUACACACACGUCGACAAGUUUUUGGACAAGGAAAAAUAUAUCAUCCAGGUAUGGACUACAGGCGUAGACCCCCAAAUCCAAGGCUUGUUACAGAAAGGCUACAAACUGAUUAUAUCGAACUACGACGCGCUGUACUUUGACUGCGGAUUUGGUGCUUGGGUCGGUUCAGGCAACAACUGGUGUUCACCGUACAUCGGAUGGCAAAAGGUAUACGACAACAGUCCAGCUGUUAUGGCACUAUCGUACAGGGACCAAAUUCUUGGCGGUGAGGUGGCGCUGUGGUCGGAGCAGGCGGACUCGUCGACGCUAGACGGGCGGCUGUGGCCGCGCGCCGCCGCCUUCGCCGAGCGUGUGUGGGCCGAGCCCGCCACCACCUGGCGCGACGCCGAGCAACGCAUGCUGCACGUCAGGGAACGCCUUGUGCGCAUGGGAAUUAAGGCUGAGUCCCUCGAGCCAGAGUGGUGCUACCAAAACGAAGGUUUCUGCUACAAUUAAACAGUAGUUUCUCUCCACUGUGUUUAACAUCACAUAUUAUGCUUUUACCCGCACCGUCCGGGAUUAAUAUAUAUAUUCUAUACCGAUUUAUUAUAACUAAGAAACAUUUAUAAUUCAAGAAUCUUUAUCAGUCUGUAUUUUGAUGUAGCACAUGCUAUAUUAUGCUAUUUUUAUUAUUGGCAACAAUUUGGUGGUGCCAAUAACAUUCCUGCCUUGAAUGUUGUUAGUAUAAAAAAUAAAUGUAAUCUUUUAUUAAAUCGAUUAUAUAAAAUGUAUAUUUUAUGUGAAAAAUAAUAUAAGCUUAUGUGAUUUUUAUCGUAAAAAUUGAGAUUGUAGUUAAGCUAGAGAUUGGUAUUUUUCGCAAUAUUUGUAAUGUGCCAUUUGAUGACGCAUUGCAGAGUAUUCAAUCUUCUAAUCAUAAUAACAAUAUAACGCUCUUUCUAAAAGUUAAUAUCAAUGAUAUCUAUUUAUAUUUUUAAUAAUUGUGUUUUUAGCAUCUUUGCAAUUUAUCAAUACAUUGUAUUAAAAUCCGAUCCGUAUAAAUGUAAAUUUGUCACACAAUUUAUGAAUAUAGGUACAAAAAGUAAUUUAAACAUAUUUUCAGACAUACAUAUCAGAAAUAUUAUAUACAUAAAAGGGAAAGUGAACUGUGUAAAUGAAUGAAGUUUUUCAAAUCAUUGGAUCUAGAAAAAUAUUUUAAUACGAACUAGUACACAUGUUGGACCAGAAUGAUGAUUUAGUUAAAAAUAAAAAAAGCCCACGACUUACUAACUAUUCCGAUCUGAUCUCUAUUAAGAUUUUGACAUUAUAUUGACUGUAUAUUUUUUUUUAUAUAUGGCUACAAGCACUGUGUUGUUGUGCUACGCCAAUGCUGUAUAUAUUUUAUAAGGAUGGUAAAAAAGGCGCGAUAUAGCCAUAGAUCACUAAAUAUAUUUUUUUUUUGGAUCAACUGAUUUCAUUUUCUGACUGUUUUUCCAAAUAAAUUGAAAUCCAUUUUGCCUAUGUAUAUGAUGAAGGUUUCGUUGUAAAAGAAAUCCAAUGACUGAUGGAUGAUUUUUAUAUAGUAGUUUAUACACGUUUUUGUCACGUUAUCGCGGCGUGCUCGUAUGUAUUAUUGCAAUGUACUGAGAUUGUGUAAUUAUUGUGACUACGAUCUUAUUUUGUAAUAAAUUUUGCAAGUGUA